AUGUUCAGGCGGAGGAGCAGCCGCCGGAGCCCUUGCAGCCUCAAUGUGGCCGCUCCUUCCCCUUCUGAUCGUGGCUCCCUUUCCAAUGCUACGUCAACCAUAGUCCGCCUCCGUCUGAGCGCAUGGACGCCAUGGUUCGGAGCCAACGGCGCAAGGACAAGGGUGAGGCUCGGCGUGGAGCCCUGCGAGCCCGACCUGGCGACGGUGGCCGAGGCGGCAAGGUGGCCAGCUCAUCUUGCCGCAUUUGAGGACGACGAGACGGCUCUCGCGGCGGCUACAUCGGGCUGGCACGCCGCCGAGUGGGAGGCUCUCGACUGUUGUGGUAACACGAUCGGCCAUAUCGCGGCAAUGCGCGGAUCAUUGCGGUGCUUGAGCCUCACACUGCGAGAAAUGGCGGAAAGCAGUGCCAACCUCUCGGCCCAAAACACUGCUGGCUGGAGCAUGCUGGAGGAAAGUAUUGAUCGGUUAGAGUACAAAGCCGCGCGCGCAAUCUUCGACGCCGUCGGUGCGGCGGAGAAGGCGAGCGGUGACGGCCAGCGGCGACCGCGGCGUGACCUAAAAGAGAGGGCGCUGGAGGCGCUGGCCGAUAUGCCAGACGUCAGCCUCAAGGUGCAGUGGAAGGUCUCGUCGCCGUUGUUUGGGCUUGUGCUCCGGCAACACUUCCCCUCAGACACCUACAUGGUUGCUAACGCCGCCUCCAAGCCGGACCCGCGCGUGGCGCUCGUAAGCCAUGACCAGAAGACCUUCAAGUGGCUGGGGCGCAUCCUCAAACAGGUUGAGGACGCCGAGUUUGAGCGGCUGGUGCUCCGCGGCGUUCGCGGUACGCAGAGCGCAACACGCCCCGACGCGCCGCGCUUCAGGCCGCUGCUCGACUGGCGCGGCGCGCCAAAGAGCGAACGCGUCUCGGGCGUUAGGACGGUGGUACACGAGGCGCAGACCCGACUGCGGACGGCGCACACCACCAAGCGAAAUGUGGCCGGGCCGCACGCCUACGCCCUCUCCGGCUCCUUCUUGGGCUACGUGGCGGCGCGUGGGCGCGACUUCAGCGAUGGGGUGCGGUCUGAGCUGAUGCAGGUGCCGAUGACGUACGAUGACUUGAUGAAGAGCGUCGGCAUGCGGCAGCGAGGUGAUGCGGAGCAAGAGGGAUCGACGCUGCGUGCGAGGGUGUGGCUGGCGCACGACUCGCCGCUCAACGUCGAGCACUUGCACGAACCGCAGCUCAUCCUCAACCUGCUCGCGCUCAUCAAUCAGCACGCUUCCGACGCUGCGCACGCCCUUGGACGCUGGCCGGAGCGCGAUGCUUUCCCAAUGAAGGAGCGCAUCGCCCCAAGAGUGAACGUGCCACUGCCGCUCUCUCUCUACGCGCAGCUCGUGGUGGCCGAUGUCAAGCCGGCCGGCGGCGCUGCGAUGCCAGCCAGCCACUUUGCUGUGCCCGACGAGUACGAGGAGAUGGACUCGGCGCAGGAUGUGCAGAGGCUGCUGCGGCCAGGUCAUGCGGGGGGCCGCUGA